UGGAAGAGCAGGAUGAGGCUGAACAUAGGAAGUGUAGAAAGAGGAAGAGAAUAGCCAUCAUGCAACGGACCUGGUGGUAGAGGAAUGCUUGGCCUGUCACUUCAAACAGAAUCAGUGACUGCACUAAGAGAAGCAAUGGAAACAUUCAUGGGACUUGAUCGUCCCCGCUGGGCCUCAAUGAGCCAUGAAGAUCGGCUCAAAGAAGCUGCAAUGGCAUUCAUCCGCCUUUGCGCAGAACAGGGAGAAGGUGAUAGCCCAAGGAAGAUGUGUUUCGCACCUCAGCUGGACCCUUACACAAGAGCCUCGGUGGCCUCUUUGGUCAGACCCACACUUCCUGUGAAGAUUAGGCAUCUUCAUUCGGGACCCACCUUGCAAGCAAAGACUCCUGAGGACCCCAGAGUUGCUAGGAAACCUGUAAUGAAAAGGAAAGUUCUGAGGCGAAGGCCUGAUGGAGAAGUAGAGGUGACGGAUGAGUCUAUCACCAGCACACCAGAGACAAGCAGUCAGAGUGACCCCGAGUAUGGGGAGCUGAGUCAAAGAAUGCACAGUCUGAAGACUCAGCAAGAGGAAGAAGAGUCAGAGGAGGAGAGUGAGCCAAGCAUUUGCCCAGAGUCUGAGACGGCUUAUUCCUGGAGAACUACAGAGAGCCAGAGCCAGAGCUCGCAAAGAGAGAGCCAGAGCCGCAGCAGUACAUCCUAUGAGCAGGACUUGAUUGUUGCUGGCCACCCAAAAUCCUUCAUAUUACCAAGAUUUGAUCAGCUAAGCCGGAACAGAAUGAAGACCGACCGGGUAGCCCGUUACUUGGAGCAUAAGCAUGACUGGGAAUCUCUGCGGCUACCAGGGGAAGAUCCCAGGAAAGGGGUGCGCUGGAACAUCCGGGAACAGAUGCUCUGCAAGUCAGAAUAUCCUCCUAGGGCUCAGCACAUUUAUAUUCCCAACAACUACCUCGUGCCUACAGAGAAGAAGAGAUCUGCCCUGCGCUGGGGAAUACGCUGUGACCUGGCAAAUGGUGUGAUGCCUAGGAAUACCUACUCCUCCUAGAAAUGCAGACGUCUCUAUAGCACCAUCCACAGGAGCAUGCCUUGCUUAGCACAGCCCAAAUAUCUUUAUUGGUUUUAAAUCUGGCUUUCAGAAUGAGUGUUUCCACAACACAAAAGGAUUUUACUUAUUCGUGAUUCUUGAAUAGUUGUCCCAUAUAGGAUCAAUUAGAGAUUAAUAUUGCCUCAUCAGAAGCCAGGCAGAAGAUGAACCAAAGUUUACUGAAGUAUAUGUCAAUGAGAAUAAUCUUUAUUUUUAUUGCAAGAUCUUUUAAACCCACUUCCUCUUCCUAAUGCAAUCAUUAUACUUCUGUAUGAUGUUGUUAUUUUUAAAGAAAGUUUAGCUUCUAGAUGUAUGGAUUGAAUUAAAAGUGUGUGGUAUAAAAGGAUUGCCUCUA